AUCAACAUAUUUUCAAAAAAUAAAUUCCAAUUCCCAAAAAAAAAAGGAAGGGGGGAGAUGGGGGCAGGAAGAGGGGAGGAGAAAGAAGGAACAAUGGCGGAAGAUUUCUUCUGGUCAUACACAGAUGAACCUCAUGCUUCUAGAAGGCGCCAGAUCCUCUCUCAAUACCCUCAAAUUAAAGAGCUUUUUGGCCCUGAUCCUUGGGCUUUUGCUAAGAUUACGAUGGUUGUGUUGACUCAGCUUGCAACUGCUACUCUACUUCACGAUGCAAGCUUUCUUAAAAUACUAGUAGUAGCAUACUUUUUUGGAUCAUUCCUUAACCACAACCUUUUCUUGGCCGUCCAUGAGCUCAGCCAUAACCUAGCUUUCUCUACCCCAUCUUACAAUCGCUGGCUUGGAAUUUUCGCAAACCUACCUAUUGGUGUGCCAAUGUCUAUCACAUUCCAAAAAUACCAUCUUGAGCAUCAUAGAUUUCAAGGUGUUGAUGGCUUGGACAUGGACAUUCCAAGCAAAGCUGAGGCCUAUAUGGUCCGAAAUGCCUUUACCAAAUCCAUUUGGGUAGUCUUACAACUCUUCUUCUAUGCUCUCCGGCCCUUAUUUCUCAAACCAAAGCCGCCUUGUUUGUGGGAAUUCACUAAUUUGACCAUCCAAGUGGCACUUGAUGCCUCUAUGGUCUACUUAUAUGGAUGGAGAUCUUUUGGUUAUUUGAUUGCUUCAACUUUCGUUGGGGGUGGGAUGCAUCCAAUGGCCGGCCACUUCAUCUCCGAGCAUUAUGUCUUCAAUCCUGAUCAAGAAACAUACUCGUACUAUGGCCCUUUGAAUCUUUUGACAUGGCAUGUUGGUUAUCACAACGAGCACCAUGACUUUCCGAGGAUUCCAGGAACAAAGCUUCAUAAGGUGAGAGAAAUUGCACCCGAGUACUAUGAAGGUCUAGAGUCAUACAAAUCUUGGAGCCAGGUUAUAUACAUGUAUAUAAUGGAUAGAACAGUGGGGCCUUUUAGCCGGAUGAAGAGAAAACCGAAGAAAUCAGAGUAGUGAUUGAUUUGUUGAUUUUUUGGUUCUGUUUUCUUGAUUAUUGAAUUGUAAUCUCUUAUUCUAGUCAUGAUUUGUUGACAUUUUUCCACACUUUUUGAGGGUUUGGCAUAUGCUGUAUCUGUAGGUCAGAGAGGAUGCUAAUGUAUUCAUUAUUUCAUUCAUACAGAGUAAUAUUUACUUGUAUUUAUUCUUUCAGCAUGAUUGCUCUGCUGGUUAUGGGCAUUUCCAAUUGAACUACUCACUUUGUUUGUAAUUAAUCACCCUUCAAGAUCACGUGAGUAAUCAAGUUUUGGGAUUGAUCGCCUGAGCCAAGGUAGAAAGGGGAAGAAGGAUCAUCUUUCCGUCGUCACCCAUUGUUGAUUAAGCAGUAGAGUAGAGAAGAUUAGAUUUUUUUUUUUAGUGUUUAAGGGUUUAGAAUCGUAGAGGCUCCAAUACCAUAUCACGAAUUAAUUUUCCGUAGUUUGUAUUACUGUAUAAGCACAUAUAUAUACAACCUUAGAGAGAUUAGGGCCUAUCACAUUGGCCCAUUAGCUAUACAUAUACAUAAGGCUUAACAUUAAUAGUCAUGUUGAUAGCGUAAGGUAAAAAUCGUUUUGGUAGUACAUGCCAAUGUUGGAUUGUUGAUGGUUUGGAAUUUGAAUUGUACAUCCAAAUAUAAAGGAUACUAACAACGUUUUGGUAGUACAUGCCAAUGUUGGAUUGUUGGUAAUGAGGCGAGUGUAAUUUUGCACAAAUAAAUUAAUGCCAAAGUCCGUGGUACCCUGCAAAUUACGCCCACGUCCAAAUAUAUUCAGUACCAAACAUAUGACCACAUAAUAAUGAGCACAUUAUUAUCCCGUAAAAAAAAAAUAAAAAAAAAUGACCACAUUAUUAUAGUUGAGAUAAUUAUAAUGACAUAUAUGAUACGGACUACUGAGUACAUCAAAUG